CAAAAUCCGAAGUACUGACUGUGACUUCGUCUUGCUCCAUCUCACUCGUUACCUUUCUGGCUGUCUCACUCGGGGUGACUCGGAUGAUCUACAUGUCUUUAGAGUUUAGACGCUGCCGUUGCGGGCAUUGGAAGCCGCAUCUCCUCUGAGGCGGGACCAGAGAGGGGAGUAGCCCCCGCCAUAAAAGCUCUCUCGCUUUGAAUUGCUCAAUUCUGAUACAGCACCAUGCUAACAUGGACCAGUGCUCAACUUUGAUUCUGUAGAUUCUUAGCCCGCUGAAACAUGAACCUCCGAAAAUGACCGGUACUAGCAGUAGUUUGAUCCUACAAACGCUGAGGCUUAAGAAACCCAAGCUUGUGCUUCUGGAAUAUUGCUCCAGUGUUCGUGAUCUCAACAUCAUCCAUGGUCAUAUGAUAAGAACCCUUGCCUUCUUCGACGUAUUUGUAGCCAGUCGUCUGAUUGCGUUCUGUAUAGACGCAACCAUUGGAACAAGCUUGCUGGGUUAUGCCGUUAGGGUCUUCUCCCAAAUCCAGAACCCUAAUCUCUUUAUCUACAACGCGCUAAUCCGUGGCUGCUCAGGCAGUGAGAAUCCAGAAAAUUCAUUUCAUUACUACAUUCAAGCGCAGCGCGUAGGCAUUCUUCCUGAUAAUUUAACUUUCCCAUUUUUGGUGAAGUCAUGUGCCCAGUUGGAGUCUGCGGCUAUGGCCACUCAAGCGCAUGGUCAAAUCAUUAAGCACGGGUUUGAAAACGAUGUCUAUGUGCAAAAUUCUCUUGUUCAUUUCUAUUCAACAGUUGGGGAAGUUAAGGCGGCGAGCUGCAUUUUCCAUAGAAUUCAUCGAUUUGACGUAAUCUCCUGGACUUCGAUGAUCGCAGGUUAUAACAGAUGCGGGGAUGUAGAAUCUGCGCGCGAACUGUUUGAUAGGAUGCCGCAGAAAAGUUUGGUGACGUGGAGCACAAUGAUUGGUGGGUAUGCUCGGAACAAUCGUUUUGGUGAAGCAGUAGAAUUAUUUCAAGUUCUUCAGAAAGAAGGAGUGAUGGCUAAUGAAGUAGUGAUGGUGAGUGUGAUAUCUUCAUGUGCCCAUUUAGGGGCUCUCGAAAUAGGGGUGAAAGCCCAUGAGUAUGUGAUAAGAAACAACUUGACUAUGAAUGUAAUCUUGGGAACAUCUAUUGUUGACAUGUAUGGGAAAUGUGGGAAUAUCGAGAAAGCUAUUCAGGUUUUUGAGCAACUCCUGGAAAAGGACACACUAUGUUGGACAGCUCUGAUCGCUGGGCUAGCCAUGCAAGGUCAUGGCCAGACAGCCCUUCAUUGUUUUUCUGAAAUGGUGAAAGCAGGGUUUAAGCCAAGAGAUAUCACAUUUACAGCAGUAUUAGCAGCUUGCAGCCAUGGGGGAUUGGUAGAAAGAGGUUUUGAAAUAUUUGAAAGUAUGAAGAGGGUUUACUGUAUGGAACCAAGGUUGGAACACUACGGAUGCAUGGUUGACCUCCUCGGCCGGGCAGGGAAACUGGAGGAGGCAGAGAAAUUUGUUCUUGAAAUGCCAGUGAAGCCGAAUGCUGCCGUAUGGGGGGCAUUGCUGGGAGCUUGCCGGAUUCACAAAAAUGUAGAACUUGGAGAAAGGGUGGGAAAGAUUUUGAUCCAGCUGCAACCAGAACACAGUGGAUAUUAUGUGCUGCUUUCGAACAUAUAUGCUCGCACUAACAAGUGGGAAAAUGCCAGUAUCGUGAGACGAAUGAUGAAGGAUAGACGAAUUAGAAAGCCACCUGGAUUUAGUCUCAUUGAGAUGGAUGGAAAGAUUCAUGAAUUUACGGUUGGAGAUAAAUCACACCCAGAUAUGGAGCAGAUAGAAAGAACGUGGGGAGAUAUACUCCAGAAAAUAAGGUUAGCAGGGUAUGUUGGAAGCACAGGUGAUGCAUUGUUUGACAUAGACGAAGAGGAAAAGGAAGAUGCACUCCACAGGCAUAGUGAAAAAUUGGCCAUAGCAUUUGGAAUUCUGAAGACACAAGCUCGUAUUCCAAUUCGCAUAGUGAAAAACUUGCGAGUCUGUGAAGAUUGCCACACGGCUACGAAGUUCAUCUCAAAGGUUUUCAAAGUAGACUUAAUUGUCAGAGAUCGAAACCGAUUCCACCAUUUUAAAGAAGGCUUGUGUUCCUGUAUGGAUUACUGGUAACGAGCGUUAUGACAUUUUUCCAUUUGCAAAAUACUCGCGCUUGGAUUUGGAUAAUAUAUCUUCUGGAGGGGCUUCUCAUUUCAUGAUUUCUGCAACCUGGUCAACUGAGUUGGAGUUUUUGAACUCUCUGACACAUCUAUGAAUAAAACUCACUGGAUUAUUCGGGGUAUGGGUGUCUUCAUCAAACAUCUCUUCAAUUCCUCUGCCCGCGACUUUCAACAGGCACCCUUGAAGGGAUUUUUUUUUGGGCGAAAGUACUCGGAAGGUAUAGAAGCAAAGAACACCGCAGCCGCUUUUGGCUUUGGAAGCUUGUACCUUAUUUAAACGCUCCAGUCAUUGUCUCUUAACACCUGUAUUUUGUCCUCCGCCUUAGCUUCACAUCCAUGGCAGUUGUUCGUGUUGUCUGUUAACAAUGAGAGGACACUUGGGGAGAGACUGAUUUUGAUUUAUUUUUGUGUUUCAUGAUUUAGAUCACAAGUUCUCUAUAUUAGCAGGGUGAAAUUAGAUUGGAUAUUGUGUGCAUUUACCCCCGAGUUGAAAGAACAGGAACUAGGACGCCACCUUUGCAUGAGUCUCACACCCAAGAGUAUAUUACAUUAAGGGCUUCACACACAACACAACACUCUGUAUGUAUGUGUGUGUAUAUAAUACGUAUGUAACAGACACUACUCACUAAGGUAUGAAAUUAAGAUUUUUGAAGCGCAUGUUUGAUUGAACGUAGCGUUGGAGCAUUUCGUUCUAGAGGCAAUGGAGAUCCCUAUAAGUCUAUAACACCGGGAAUGGUGGUUCCUAUAAUUUUUUUUCCAGAGGACAAUCUAAACCUGGAUUUCUUGGAAGGGAAUACUACAUCAACAAGUGUGUCAGUGUACAUUGGGAUUCUUAAUGAUCCUCGUCUUUGAAGCACAUUAUCCAUCUCACUAGGUUGCAGUAACAAACAAAUCAAGUUCUUAAAAUGUAGUGAAAUAAUUACUUGAAAGAGAAGCAGAAACUUACUUCGUAGAACUACCCAAGGGAGAUGGAGAUUCAUCCAAAGGUCUACAGCAUUUGCCCUCUUCAACUGCUCUCCUUUCCAGGCGUGCACAGAUGGUUUAGACGUGAGAUUUCCCUCCACCAGAAUUUGGCGACGGUUAACGUUGGCCGUAAAAACAUGAACAAAAGGUUGGGAAAGUCAAAUGAAAUUUUUCUCCGAUGCAGCUAACUCAAAAUCAUGAUGGUGCUUCAAAAAUGCUCUACAGGAUGCAACAAGCUAAUCGUUAAUGGAUCACGCAAGUAAGCCUUAACGUUAGACCGGAUAAUUCAAUAUAGAAUGACACACGGUAAGCUCCAAGAAAAACAUAUCAAGUACGUAUUAGUCUCUUCACUUGUAUCCUUAAUUUCUAAAAUUCGCUUUUCGAACCAAGGUAUGAAAGCAUGAUGGAAG